AUGAGCAAGGACAGCAAAGUGAAGACAACAGAGUCCAGCCCCUCUGCCCCAUCUAAGGCCAGGAAGUCGGUGCCUGUCCUGGACCCAUCUGGGGAUUACUACUACUGGUGGCUGAACACAAUGGUCUUCCCAGUAAUGUAUAACCUCAUCAUCGUUGUGUGCAGAGCCUGUUUUCCCGACUUGCAGCACGGUUAUCUGGUGGCCUGGUUGGUGCUGGACUACACAAGCGACCUGCUGUACCUAUUGGACAUCGUGGUGCGCUUCCACACAGGAUUUUUAGAUCAGGGUAUUCUGGUCGUGGACAAGGGCAGGAUCGCGAGUCGCUACGUUCGCACCUGGAGCUUCUUGUUGGACCUGGCUUCCCUGAUGCCCACCGACGUGGCUUAUGUGCAGCUGGGCCCGCACACACCCACACUGAGACUGAACCGCUUUCUCCGUGUGCCCCGCCUCUUCGAGGCCUUUGACCGCACCGAGACCCGCACAGCUUACCCAAACGCCUUUCGCAUCUCCAAGCUAAUGCUUUACAUUUUUGUCGUCAUCCAUUGGAACAGCUGCCUAUACUUUGCCUUGUCCCGGUACCUGGGCUUCGGGCGUGACGCAUGGGUGUACCCGGACCCCGCAGAGCCUGGCUUCGAGCGCCUGCGGCGCCAGUACCUCUACAGUUUUUACUUUUCCACGCUGAUCCUGACGACGGUGGGCGAUACGCCGCUGCCAGCCCAGGAGGAGGAGUAUCUCUUCAUGGUGGGCGACUUCCUGCUGGCCGUCAUGGGUUUCGCCACCAUCAUGGGUAGCAUGAGCUCUGUCAUCUACAACAUGAACACUGCAGAUGCGGCUUUCUACCCCGAUCACGCGCUCGUGAAGAGGUACUUGAAGCUGCAGCACAUCAACCGACGGCUGGAGCGGCGAGUUAUCGACUGGUACCAGCACCUGCAGAUCAACAAGAAGAUGGUCAAUGAAGUAGCCAUUUUACAGCACUUGCCCGAGCGGCUGCGGGCAGAAGUGGCUGUGUCUGUACACCUAUCUACUCUAAGGCGGGUGCAGAUCUUCCAGAACUGUGAGGCCAGCCUGCUGGAAGAGCUGGUGCUGAAGCUGCAGCCUCAGACCUACUCACCAGGCGAAUAUGUAUGCCGCAAGGGGGACAUUGGCCGGGAGAUGUACAUCAUCCGCGAGGGUCAACUGGCCGUGGUGGCAGAUGACGGUGUCACACAGUAUGCUGUGCUUGGUGCGGGGCUCUACUUUGGGGAGAUCAGCAUCAUCAACAUCAAAGGGAACAUGUCUGGGAAUCGCCGUACAGCUAACAUCAAGAGCCUAGGUUAUUCGGACCUGUUCUGCCUGAGCAAGGAGGACUUGCGGGAGGUGCUGAGCGAGUAUCCACAAGCCCAGACCGUCAUGGAGGAGAAGGGCCGUGAGAUCCUGCUCAAAAUGAAUAAAUUGGACGUGAAUGCCGAGGCAGCUGAGAUUGCCUUACAGGAGGCCACAGAGUCCCGGCUGCGAGGCCUUGAUGAGCAGCUUGAUGAUCUACAGACCAAGUUUGCUCGCCUCCUGGCUGAGCUGGAGUCCGGUGCACUUAAGAUUGCUUACCGCAUAGAACGGCUGGAGUGGCAGACUCGAGAGUGGCCGAUGCCUGAGGACCUGGCCGAGGCUGAUGAUGAGGGCGAGCCUGGGGAGGGAACUUCCAAAGAUGGAGAGGGCAGGGCCAGCCAUGAGGGACCCUCAGGCCCAGAGUGA